UCUUUCGAAAACUCAACGAAGUGAUAGUUCAUACGGUUUUUGGUGUUUUUGUUUCUUUUCACGCAAAUUUUAAUUUAUUGAGAAAUUUCCACAUUAAUUAGAAGAAAAAAUAAUGGAAAAAGACGUGGGAGAGUUUCUCAAGUGGUUAACAAGUGUAGGAUGCCCAACUGAAUUUAUUCCCAGUGAAAAUAAACUAAAAGAGGUACUGCGAGCAAAGAUUUUCAGCGUGGAUGAUCUAAAAUGUCGCUUUAGGGCCGCAAAAGAAGCAAGAGAAGUCCGCGAGAGGAAUUUGCGCGUGGAUCUGUGUAAAAUUAAGAAAGGAAACUUCCUGGUCGACAGGAGGGCUGUUUCUUGGGAGUACUUGCAGUAUGCAAAGCUCAUGGGUACGAAGAAGGAGAUUAUGAGGGUGGAAAGUAGGAUUAAGGACCUCAAAAACGAGUACAACAGCAAAUUUUUAGAGUUGAAUGAAAGAAAUUCCGAAAAAAAUAAAUGCCGGAAGGAAGUUGAGUCUAAUACGACAAAGAUGCAAUUCUAUGAAAUCAAUUCUUCAAUACUCGAAGACAAAGUAAAAGAGGCCACUAAAGCUGUGGAAGAAUAUGAGGCAGCAAUGUGCCCUGAAGUGAAAGAAAAUGAAUCUUCUGAUGGAAAGCAGGCCUUUAGAAAGUUAAUGGAACAUCUCAAGGAGUACUAUGCUAAAGCAGAAAGCAAAAAUGAGGAAAAUGCCGAAUCUGCAAUGUGGAAAGGCUGUGAAAAUGUACUCAAAGGAACCCCAAAUUCGCUUGUUUGUCAGGAGAUUUUGAGUCACUUUAGAGCCCUUCUGGAUGCCUCAAAGGAUCUCCAGGAGAGGAAUCUUUCGGUUCAGAAUGAAGAGAAGGAGCGUCUCUAUGAGCACAAUAUUGGACUUCAACGUCUCAUUACGAAUCGUCUUAAGAUUUUUAUUUUUUUAAAGCACUAUAGCGAUAAAUUGAAAGAAAUUACUACGACCUAUGUUGAAAAAUACGCAGAAUUCAAGGAUAUUCUUUGCAAAAAGAUCUGCUACUGCAGUCCUCAGUACAUUACCGAAUAUGUUCGUAUGUUGGUCAUUGAUGCAGCAUAUCGAGGAAAACUCGAAUUCCUAAAGAGUGAAGUCUCAAAGUACCAGGGAAAUUCCCUUGAAAAUGGUACAACUCAGAAUCUUCAGAAACUUAAAAAGGAUGUUGGGGAAUCUCACGGGGAAUUCUUCGCAAAUGCAAAGAAAGCCGAAGCAAAUAUCUUCCGUUUAAAGUGUUCUCCGGAAAAAUUGGAAAGAAUCCUCGAAGCUCUUCGACUUCAAGUAAAUGGGCUGAAGAAGAAAAUUUCUAAAGAAGAAAAAUUGCAAGUGAACAGCCAAAUGACAUCCUGGAUGAAUCAUUUUGUGGAGAAGGAAUCAUUAAUAUUGAGAACAGAGGCAGUUGAAGAUGAGGAUUCGGUAAAUGAUGAUGCAGAAAUAAGCUUGGAUACUUCAGAAUUAAUAGUGAACAUCCCACCGUAUGAAAAUUAUGACCUAAAGUUGCCAAUCACUGAAAAAGAUUGCGAGAAAUAUGCAAAAGAAGUGCUGGAAGGGGAAACCUUUCUUCGGGGUAUCUUCAAGGACACCGAAUCUCUUGGCAUGCAAAUUGAAGAAACCCUCAAGGAAGCCCUGACCUAUUACAACUUCCUCAUGGAUAACCCAAUGAGAAAAUAUAUUCCAUCAUCGGAGAAAUUCAAUGGGCAUUCUUAUCAGGAAUACGAGACUGAGUUUAUGCUGCACUAUCGCCAAAACUCGGCAAGUGACUGAUUUCUCUUCAUUACGUUAUUACCAUUUUGUAUAUCAAUAAUCUCAAAUACAUGCCGUGAAAUAGGCUAUUCAUUGUUCUAAAAAAAGUAUUUUAAAGGUUUUUUUUCACAGCUUGUUUAAUGGACUUGAUUUCUAAGCGUAAGUUUAUUUGUCUUCAUCCUCAUCCUGACUUUCAAAGAUAUUAUUUAAUUUGACGUCAUUAAAUAAAUGCCAGUAGUCCUUAAUGUAUUCCUUUCCAACGUUCGAUUUGCAUCCUUGAUCGUUGACGAUGCAAGCUGGCUUUACACCAUUCCUCACUUCUUUAUCGUCUAUUCGCAAAUAGAUCCCAUUCAUUUUAGCCCACGAACGAAUUAAGUCCACACAUUGGCACUGAAGGGGAUUCUUUUGAAUAUUCAGUGUGUUCAAUUUAUUCAAGGUCUGAAAAAAAGGAAAUUUUAUUAGAUUUGAAUUUUAAAAGCAAAAGAAAAGAGUUUGUUCAUAAUGAGGUAGAUUCUGAUAAAAAUCUUUUAUAACAACUUUAAAGUCUGUUGUAAGAUUUUGACAGAGGGAGUUUUUUAAAUCGUUCUGUUGUCGUUCUAUAAAAGAAAAACAAAGAAUUCGUUGUUCCAGAAAACAGUCAGAAA